ACAAGAGGAGAGGGGCUGGACAGAAGACGACUGUGGGAUACAGAGCAAGGAGCUCAGUAACACCGUGGCCACGAGAGGGACGGGUUCGGUUCAGUCAGAAUAAUUAUUUCAUGCGUUUUUGUUUUUUUUUUUAAAUAAAAGGUUAUCAUAGGCGAAUCAGAGCAGAGACAGGUAAUCAUGUGGUGGUUUUGGACACUGUGGGCUGUUGUGGCUCUCACGCACUGCUCCGCUAUGGACCGCAACAAGGACAAAGCCUUAAAGCUGAUGAAGCAGACCCCUCUGAUAGAUGGACACAAUGACCUUCCCUGGCAGAUAAGGAAGCAAUUCAACAACCAGCUUAGCAAAGUGGAUCUGAACACCAUACAAACCACACACACCAACAUCCCCAAAAUUAAAGAGGGCCAUCUGGCAGCACAGUUCUGGUCUGCCUACGUACCAUGUGACACGCAGCACAAGGACGCAGUCAGGCAAACUCUGGAUCAGAUUGACAUCAUCCACAGAAUGUGUGAUGCAUACCCAGAAUCCUUCAUGUUUGCCACCAGCAGCCAAGAUAUAAUGGAAGCUUUUAUCCAGAACAAAACUGCCAGUCUGAUUGGAGUGGAGGGCGGGCACUCCAUCGACAGCAGCCUGGGCAUUCUGCGGAUCAUGUACCGGCUGGGUGUGCGCUACCUCACCCUCACGCAUAGCUGCAAUACACCCUGGGUUGAUAACUGGAAAGUGGAUACAGGAACAGAAGCCCCAGUGCAUAAUGGAUUGUCUCCAUUUGGAAAACAAGUGAUAAAGGAGAUGAAUCGCCUAGGGAUGCUGAUUGACUUGGCGCACGUGUCCGAGAAGGUGAUGAAUCAGGUGCUGGAUUUAUCCAAGGCUCCAGUCAUCUUCAGCCAUUCCUCUGCAUACUCUCUGUGCCAACACAAGCGGAACGUUCCGGAUGCUGUUCUUAAGAGAGUGAGAGACAAGGCAGGGAUUGUCAUGGUGAACUUCUACAACGACUACGUCACAUGCAGCCAGACGGCUAAUCUCUCCCAAGUGGCAGAUCACUUUGAUCACAUCAAGAAGGUAGCUGGCCACACAGUCAUUGGCUUUGGUUCUGAUUAUGAUGGAGUGAGAAGAGUGCCCAAGGGCCUGGAGGAUGUCUCCAAGUUUCCUGACCUUGUGGCGGAGCUGUUGAGGCGGGGCUGGAACGACACAGAGGUCAGGGGCGCAUUGGGCGAGAAUUUGCUCAGGGUCCUCAAGGACGUGGAGAGGGUGCGAGACAGCCUCACUAAAGAUCAACCAGAUGAUGUACCCAUCCCCUAUGAGCAGGUGGAGAAUGCCUGCAGGACCAACUACGGCUACUUUCCACUGGACAAUACCGGACACUCUGCAUCCCAGAGUCCUCUUGUGCUGGCCCUAGCCACAUUGCUGUGCUGGUUUUUUGGGGGCUCAUCCUAUUCCUGCAGACCAUAAACAUCCUAGUGUUCUUCU